GAUAUGAGCUGUUUUAACCCAAAUAUAUACUUAUUUCUUCAUGUGCUUCCCACUUUUUGCUCUUCCCUGGGGAUUCUACCAUAGAGUCUCCAGAUCACUGAGCACACAAUGCUCAGAUGAGCACAGCAUUGUUAUGUAACAGUCUCUCUCCCUGUACUUACCAGAGGUUGUAAACCUCUUGCCUCACUCUGCUCUCCUCAUGCCCUGAUGUCUUAGUCUUGUCUGUCACCCAAUGGACUAGAUUUGGUUUGGUCCAUGGCUCUCUCCCUCAGACCAUCUACCUGGAGUUUGGCCCUUCUGCGAGGUGCUCUCUGGCUCUCUGUGCUCUGGACUCUGUUGUCUCCUGCCUGCUGUUCCCAUGGCCCACCCAAAUGGCGCUUUUCUACCUCUGAAGUUGUCAUCCCCAGGAAGGUUCCCCAGAGAAUGAGUAGAAGUGAUAUGUCAGGGCACGUCACCUAUAGCAUGCGCUUUAGGGGACAAAGACACAUAGUCCACAUGAAACUAAAGAAGAACAUGAUUCCUCAAAAUUUUCCUGUAUAUACCUCUAAUGACCAAGGAGCCCUGCAGGAGGAUUACCCAUUUGUUCCUCGGGAUUGUUACUUCUACAGCUACCUGGAAGGAGUCCCUGGGUCCCAAGCUACACUAGAUACCUGCACUGGAGGUUUGAAAGGCAUGAUACAGGUGGAUGACUUCACUUAUGAAAUCAAACCAUUGGCAUCUUCUUCCAAAUUUGAGCAUGUAAUUUCUCUGCUUGUGGACGAAAGGUCAUGUAAGUCUAAAAAGUGUAGAAAUGAGCUUGUGGCAAAGGCAAGUGAGCCCCCUGCAGAGACUAAGCCUGCUGGAAGCCCCAGAGCAGGCCCUGUGUAUCUAUGGCGCGUACAUAUGAAAAAUGUAAGAAUACAUUACACGGUGACUAACGCAUUGUACAAUCAAGUUGGACAUAAUGAAACUGCCUCACUUGAAUUAAUAAUGAUUAUGAACAGCAUAACAGAUAGCAUAUAUAGACCAAAUGGUUUGAAUGUGUUUGUACGUGUGGCAUGUAUUUGGACCAGUGCAGAUCAAUUUACCACAUCUGCUUUUCUCGGUAAUUCUAAAGCUCUCAUGGAACAGUUUGGGUACUGGAAAGAAAGAUUCUUCGGAGACUUUUUCCAAGCCACUUCAGCUCUUCUCACAGCAACAAAACAUGGAGACCGUGAUUAUGCAAGCUUUCAGAAUGGAAUUUGCAACCCCAACUGGGGAGUAGUAUACGUAUAUAUAGGACAAAAGCAUUUCUUUCUGUCUGCAUCUUACAUGUCUCACGCACUGGGUCACAAUUUGGAUUUACAUCAUGAUAAACCUGGCUGUAUUUGUUUCCGAAGGAGCAGUUGUGUCAUGAGCGAAUUUCCUACUCUUCAGGAUAUGAUGAGCAAUUGUUCCCACUCUUUGAUCCAUUGGAAGAUCCACAGUUGGGACCCUUGCCUUAGUGCAGGCACUGUUACAUAUAAAAAUUUAAAAUAUACCAUUCCGCGUUGUGGAAAUAAGGUAGUGGAUGACAGGGAGCAAUGUGACUGUGGUUCUAUUAAAGACUGUCUCAUGGACAGGUGUUGUGGAACCAAUUGUGACUUAAUUCCGGGUAGCAAUUGUGCUGCAGGAGAUUGCUGUGAAUCUUGUAAGUUUGCAUCCACUGGAACUAUAUGCAGAGACAAAAAUGGUAUUUGUGAUCUUCCAGAAUACUGUAGUGGAGUCUCAGAGAAUUGCCCACAAAAUUUUUACAUCAUGGAUGGAACUCCUUGUUCUCCACUAGCAGUUUGCAUGUCAGGAAACUGUAGUGACCGUCAAUUGCAGUGUCAAGCUCUUUUUGGAUACCAAGUAAAGGAUGCGUCACCAGCAUGCUAUAAACAAUUAAAUCCCAUGGGUGACCGAUUUGGAAACUGUGGUGUUAAACAAAUACGAGGAGGAAGCCAACCUGUCCCAUGUCAAGAGGAGGAUAUUUUAUGUGGACAGCUCCACUGUGAUGGUGUCAGUCAUAUUCCUGGUGGAGGUGAGCACACUACUUUUCAUCAUAUAAAAGUUCCAGAUGUUACAGAAGUACAGUGCUUUGGGUAUGAUACACACCAUGGGACAGAACUUCCAGCAAUGGGGCUUGUAGUGGAUGGUGCAAACUGUGGCCCUGGCAGAUACUGUAAAGAUCAAAGAUGUGUUUUUCAUAAUACUUUGAAUUUUGAUUGCAAUGUUAGUUUGUGUCACUUCAGAGGGGUCUGUAACAACAAAGGCAACUGUCACUGUAUACAAGGAUGGCAACCACCGCAUUGUAUACAAAGAGGAACAGGUGGUAGUGUAAACAGUGGCCCUCCAACUUCCUCUGAGAAAGAUUUACGAGCCGAAAUACAUGUGCGUGUCAACAGGCUAAUAGCCAUUUCAGGUAUUCGCAUACUGCUUAUCUUGGCUUCGAUUUUUUUGGGGGCAAUUUUUAGAGCAGUAUUUGUUUCACAAACUAAAGAAGAGUCCUAACAUCCUACUGUUAACAGAGAGUUGACUUAAUACUAAACUAAUUGAAGUCACACAAUGGACAAAAUCAUGUCAGUUACCACAAGAAAGUGUUGAUGAUGUCUCCUGACAGUCAUGUAACCAUUCACAAA